AUGGUUUCUUUUAUAAACGGCACGGACAGGCUGCCAGGGUCGUCUUCUAGCUCUUCUCUCAGUGGGAGGAAGUCAUCGCUGAGGAAACUGUUCUUUCGAUCCUCUGAUGAGAUACCCAGCAUCGCACCGAAGAGCUCCAGCAUACAUCUGAACCCGACCACGUCCACGCCAGUAUCGAGCGAACAUAGGCCCUUCCCACAUAACUUACAUAGUCCUCUGAACUAUACCACAAGACAGCUGUCACAGAGACACACCUCAUCGGCAUCUCAGCUCGAGAUGUUACACCCAGUAGAAGCACUGAUGCAUAGGAAACUGCCGGAGACAUGGCCCGACAUCCCAACUGUGCAUGAACCACAGGAAAAGAAGAAACAACCGCCCUUGAAAAGGUUCCUGAAGAAGUUCAAUAGCUCCUCGAAUAGCUCCAGCACCGAUGACUCUUACAACGCAAGCUCCUCGAUGGUUACCCCCGUGACAUAUAAACAAACUGUGCUGACGGACUACGUGGAUACGCCCAUGGAGCUGAUUCACAAGUAUGGCAUCCCAGGAAAGAAGAUCGGCGAAGGCGCAUCGGGCUCAGUCUCGAUAGUUAAGAAGAGCAAUGGGCAGCAGUACGCCGUAAAGAUGUUUAGAACUUCGCCUAACUCAACACAGGAGCAGAUAGAGAAAUACUGCAAGAAGAUCACCGCAGAGUUCUGCAUGGGCUCCACAUUACACCAUGCCAACGUUAUAGAGACAUUCGACAUAAUACGGGAGGGCAACAGCUUGCUGAUGGUAAUGGAAUAUGCUCCUUACGACUUCUUCGACCUGGUAAUGACCAACACAAUGUCCCCGGAUGAGAUAUCCUGCUACUUCAAGCAGCUAUGCCAUGGCGUAAAUUACUUGCAUGCUAUGGGCAUCGCACAUAGGGACUUAAAACUUGACAAUUGCGUGGUCACCAAUGAUGGCAUAUUAAAAUUGAUAGAUUUUGGCAGUGCUGUUAUAUUUCAAUACCCAUAUGAGCGAAACAUAGUUAAAGCAACAGGCAUAGUGGGCUCUGAUCCAUACCUUUCGCCAGAACUGCUUGAGAUGAAUCAUUAUGACCCUAGGCUAGCAGAUGUUUGGUCCUUAGCGAUUAUUUAUUACUGCAUGACCUUGAAAAGAUUCCCAUGGAAGGCACCAAGAAAGCAGUUCAACUCAUUUAGAUUGUUCUGUGAAGAUCCAGAUGAUGAGAACGAUUUCAGCAAGGGCCCCAUGAAGGUUUUACGACAAUUACCUUCAUAUUCAAGAGACCUGAUUGGCAAGAUGCUCGAGUUAGAAGUAAAAGAUCGUUAUUAUUUAGAGCAAGUCAUGAAACAUGAAUGGUUUCAAAGCAUAGAAGUAUGCAUAGCAGACUCAAAGGGCGAAUUACUGUACAAACCUAAGACACACAUACACCACUUGGAGACUGAAUUAAAAGUCUCUAAUACAUGA